UAGAUCGAGCCCACACCUUCAACGUACAACCUUCCUCCUCUUACGUACCGCAACCACUGGCAUCUCGCAACGCGAGUAGAAUGGCCUCUAACUACCCUGUCAACCCCCGACCCGACACCAUCAUCGAAUUGCCCUACGAAUUCGAAUCUCCGGCAGACCGUGUUUCGAGAUACGGGGUCUUCCCCGUCUAUCUGCAGAAGGAAGCCGAGCCACUGUUCGACCACUUCGUCGAGAACUACAUCGUCGACGCUUAUCUGAAUCAAAGGAAGGACAGGAGAGCCUGCGCCUAUCAGAUUCGACACGGGGUGCUCGUGAGAAUUCGAUGCCCAGAUUGGUGGGGCAGAACCACCCGCAAUGGGCGUCUGCCCACCCCUCUUGUCACGGUCCUCUUUUCUGCACCCGAUGAUCCGGACCUGCCCAGGAACUUGGAGGUCCACAUCAAGGACGAAUCCGUCGACAACUUCUUCAAUGAGAAACUUGAGGAGAUGCUGGGUCAUUUCUUGGGGUCAAAGGUCAAAUCUUUUUAAAAAUCUUUUAUCUUACGCCCAAGGGUUGAAAGGAUCUUAAAGUUAAAGGUUAAAUCCUUUUUAGAAGUUCGUUAUCUUAGUCAGAGGUUAAUGAAAACCUUUUAAAUGAUUUUUAUUAUGUUGUGGUUAAAGGUUAAAAAGAUCUUAAGGUCAAAAAUUAAAUCCUUUUAAGAUAUUUUCUUUAUCUUAGGGGCAAAAGUUAAAUACUUUUGAAAUAUUUUUGUUUUAAUCUUAGGGUCAAAUGUGAAAUCCUUUUAAAAAGUGUUUUUGUAAUCGUAGUCAAAGGCUAAAUCCUUUUAAAGAGAGUUUCUUUUAAUCUUAGGGUCAAAGGUUAAAUCCUUUAAAAAAGUUUUUUUUAAUGUCAAUAUAUGUACGUUUCUCGAUAGGUGGAACCUAUUGAGUAUUUUCUGUAAUUAUCGAAUAUUGUAUCAGUAAGAACAGAUUUGUAAAAUAGAGAAAAAGAAGUAUUUUUGCUACUAUAACUUGGAAUGUUGAAUUUAACGUUCGUGUUAUAUUUUUAACGAUGUUAAUUGUAGUUUUGAAAUAGGUUAUCCUGGAUAGGCUACUCAGCAAUUUUACUCGUAAUUUUUAAUCCUCUCUCCUUUUAUUGCGCGUGGAGGAAAUGAAUUUAUAAUAAAAAAUUAAUGUAUCUGAAAUAUUAA